AUGGCCUCCAAAGACGGCCUGAAAGAGCAUAAACACGAAAGCUCCAAACCCGCUGAACCCGCCUUGCGGCAACUCAUCCCUGAUGGCGAUAUCAUGCUCCUCGUUGGUCCCGAGCAGAAAAAGGUCCAAAUCUCGUCGCACCUGCUCUGCAAGUCCUCUCCAGUUUUCAAGACCAUGCUGAACUCCGAUUUCGAGGAGGGUAAAGCAUUCCGCGAGAGAAAUGGCGCCCCGGCCGAGAUCAAGCUUCCGGAUGACAGCCCAGAGACGGUCUAG